CACGAGCCACCACCAGAGCACAAACCCCACCUCUCCCCAAACGGCGCAAACCCAAACACUCCUCUUAACCCCUCCAUUACCAAGCGAGAACCCACCCCAACGCCACUCCCUGAUGCUGCUCCGAUCCCUCCUCCGCUCCGCCGCCGCCUCCUCCGGCGGCGCCGCCGCCGCCGCCGCGACCCGGAGCCCCUUCGCCCGCGUCUCCGAUCUCCUCUACCCAGGUGGCGCCGCCGCGUCGCGGACCUACGCGAAGGCGAAGGCGAAGGCGAAGGCGAAGACCACCGCCGGCAAGGGCAAGGUCCGCGCCAAGGACCCGCGCGCCGUCGCCGGCGACAGCGCCGCUGCCGCGGCUGGGCCCGACGCCGCCCCCUCCGCGGACGACGACCUCAACGUGGAGUUCGAACUCCCCACCGACCCCCUCCCCGUCUCCUACGACCCCUCCCUCGACGUCGGCCCCGGUGGGAGGCCGCUCUUCUCCUUCUCCAAGACCUUCUCUCCCUUCUUCCACAGGGAUGCUCGUGUCUAUGUCGACUUCAGUUUGGAUGAGUGGAAGGCGAUGUUGCCGGAGGGGCUUCCUGUGGGGAUGAUGAAGGAGUUUGAGGAGACAAGGCGGUGUGCCGUCAUGGUGAGAGAGAGUUUUCUUGAUCUUCGUGAUAACUUUCGGAGAAUUGCUGACCCGCCGAUCACGGCUAAACGUAAAUCGACAAAAAAGCAAAUUGUCUUGGAUGGUCCUGUUAGCUGUGGGAAAAGUGUUGCACUUGCUAUGCUUGUUCACUGGGCUCGUUCUGAGGGAUGGCUGGUCUUUUAUGUUCCGAAAGGUAAGGAGUGGACUCAUGGAGGAUUUUUCUACAGAAACCCCUAUAAUGAUCUUUGGGAUACCCCCGUCCAAGCUGCAAGAAUUUUGCAGGAUUUCCUGAAAUUCAAUGAGUCUCGCUUGCAGCAAUUACCUUGUCAAAUAUUUGAUCCCAUUCCAUUGGGAGAAGGUGCUGGUGUUGGCAUGAUGAAAGGAGUUGAUUCCAUGGCAAUGCCUGAAGGUUCUACAUUGUAUGAUCUCAUUCAAACUGGAAUUACUUACACACAUGCUGCUACUGGAGUUGUGGUUCGUCUACGGAAGGAGUUAUCGCUUGUAAAAGAUGUGCCUGUGCUCUUCGCAAUUGAUCAGUAUAACAAUUGGUUUACAUUCAGUGAGUAUCAGGAGCCUGUAACUGUUCGUUCCUGCCGGCCCAUUCACGCUAGAGAACUUUCAAUGGUGAAUGCAUACAGAUCGAUGAUGCACGAUGAUAUGAUGAUAGGAGUCUUUUCUAAUUCAACAGCUGUGGGCAAGCUGCGUCAGGAACUCCCGGAUGUUCCACUUGGUGCUCGUGUAAUGUUUCCUCGAUAUAACUUAGAUGAAGCGGCCACCGUCUGCCACUAUUAUCUAAGGCAAAAACUCAUACGGCGAGAGGGAUUCUCAGAGGAGAAGUGGAAGAAGAUAUACUAUUUGUCCAAUGGAAAUGGCUCAGAGAUGAGGUGGCUGGCUCCUUUUAUAUAAUAGUGGAAAAUUUGAGGUAAGUUCAUUUUCUUUGGAUAUCCAUUCAGCGGAAGAGCCUUUCAUCUGCUUCGGCCAUCGAAUGCUGCUUCAUUUUUCUCUGACCUACUCUACCUCUUUCAUGCAACAUAAGGUCACAGUUCUAAAUGUAACUUCUCUAAUUACCGAACGAUAUACAGCUACCUCAUUCUGGAUUUGAUAUCUUUUGGGUACUGAAAAUCCUUACACUGUUCAGCAAAAAAACAGCUCCAAUUUUUCGAAGUACUUGUUGAUCUUUUUGUGUAAGCUAGUUGUAACGGCGAAGCGUUAGUGAUCAAAUUUUGAGUUGGUGGUCCUUAUUUGUGGAUGUUACAAUUGAGAUCGACUGAGCUGUUAAAACACAUUAAAUCUGUAUAAUAAAAUGUAACAGGACUAUGGCCUCUGAUGAGGAACUAAUUUCAUGUCUUAACUUACAUAAAUUUCUGUGACAAAUGUGAGGUUGGUGAUUGUGAAAUUAAUAUGCUGAAUAGCUGUAUCUGUA